CAGUGCAGUUCUGGGGGUAAUAUGUGGUGCCGCAAAGCCACAUAGAAAAUACGUUGACGAUGUCCAUUCCCAUCGGCGGAACUUCCUGUCGGUUUUGCGAAAACCUCGAUGAAAGUAUCUCAUUACAUAGCAUAGCCGAUUUUGCCGCCGACGGCAUUACACUGGCAGAGGUUGUUUACGAUUUGACGCAAGUGAAAAUAACUCCAGAUUGUAGCGGGCCUUUGGAGAUAUGCCAUCGCGUUUGCCUUGCCCGUCUACAGGAUUGCUAUCUUUUUAAGCAGCUGAUUCUUAAAGUGGAAGCAACAAGUGAAGGGAAUCUUUCUAAGGUUGAGGAGAUUUUCGAAGACAACUGCCAGAUGGAAGUUUUACUAUGUGACGAUUACAACGAAGAAGAACCAGAAAUUGACGUAAAACCAGAAGAAAAUGUACAACUAAUACUUUCUGAAGACCAGAUUGUAACUCGCUUGGAGUUUGAAAAUUUCGAUUAUAUAGAAUUUGAAGGUGAAUGCUGUUGCGGAUGCGAAGCAAUCCUGAAAGAUAUGAAUGAACUACAAGAGCAUUCGAAGUUAUUCCACGAGACGUCGACGGAAAUUAUUAGCGCCGAAAACAACUGCAAAAUAUGUAAAAGAACUUUUCAAUGUGCAGCAGAUCUUCAGGAGCAUGCUGACUAUUUUGCAAUAAAAGAACUAUUUAUAUGUAAACUUUGCCAGCAUCAUUUUCGAGGAAAAAAGGCGCUGAUGAUUCAUAUGGAAAGCAACAACAAUCACAAUAUUCACAGGGAAUCAACACUAGAAAAGCUUACGGAUGAAUACUCUGAGCCGGAAAGUAUAAAAAUCAAGUCGGAUUUGCUGGUUGAGGUACCGGCUGUAGAAGGGCAAGAUGUUGAAAUUGAGUGUAAUUCAUCACCGUCUUUAAGCAACAAAUCUCGAGAUAGCUGUCAACCAACAAAACUUCCGGACGAAAAGCUAAUUACUUCCGUUGAUGAUUAUGAGCACUAUCAAAUAAUUCAACUGGAGAAUGCUGAGCGGUGUUGCCGCUGUGGAGUAUACUUCGAAACGCAUGAAAAGUUGCUAGCACAUGCGCAGCAAGAACAUCAGUUGGGUAAAUCAUUUUCAUCUGAACGAUCAGCGUGUGAUGUUUGCUACGAAUGCUUCCAAUCUGUGAUGGCUCUAAACGCACAUAAAACAUACUGUAGAUAUGUGAAUCGGUUGUACCACUGCAAAUUAUGUCAGGUUGUAUAUCUACGGAAACUUCUGUUAGUGAAACAUUUUCAAACGUCACAUGACCAUACAGUGCCUCCAAGUUUGUUAACGGUAUCAGAUCAAGCCGAAAUUGAAGCAAUAACCAAUAUCGAUAGCGAAGAAGCCAGACUUGCUCCAGAACGCACGGUGGCUGGUUUUGCAUGUUGCUUCCUAAAAUGUUCGUUAGUUUUCAAAACUGAACUAGAACUUGAUGUUCAUGUUGACGAGCAACAUGCACCUCGGAGAGCAAUCAAUUUGGAGGAAAGAACCAGCGACCAACAUAUCUGCCGUAUUUGUUUGCGAAACUUUGGUUCACAGCAACUGUUGCUUCUCCACCGUAAUCGUACACUGAAAAAGAAGCACAUCUGCAGUUACUGUGCGGAAGCCUUCCUUAUUCCAAGUAGGCUGCGAGAACAUGAGCUUCUCGUUCAUACCGAAAAUACUCCACAGCAUCCUUGUGACAUUUGUUUCAAGAUAUUUCGUACAGCAAAUUUAAUGAAAACGCAUCGGCUCACUCACACCCAGCAGCGAGAAUUUUUCUGCGAAACGUGUGGAGCUCAGUUUCGCUUUCGUUUUCAACUGAAAAAGCACACCAGCGGUGUACAUCCAACUAGCUUUCCCUAUCAGUGCAAAUUUUGCGAAAAAAAGUUCUCCACGAAAGCGAAACAUGAUUUGCACCUGCGUUCCCAUACUGGAGAAAAACCGUACAUCUGUCGUUACAGUCCGUGUGAAAAGCAAUUUUCUCAUGUCACGGAUCGUAAACGGCACGAGAUGGGCGUUCACACCGGUGAGCGACCCUAUCAGUGCGAUCGUUGUUCCGCGGCGUACAUUAGAAAGCGUGAACUGUUGAUACACCAACAAAAACACCUAAAUCAAGCGAAUACGAAUUGAAUCGCAGUUAGUCGCCUAGUACAUAAAAAGACAAUUCUAUGAUAGAGUACAAUUCUAGUCAAGUAAAGAAAGUGCGCAGUGAAAAAAUUUCUUUUUCGUUCGAUUUCUAACCUGGCCCUCCGAUAUACUAUGCCGUAAGUGGCGCAUUGGAAAAAGGCUUUCUCUAAC